AUGCAUAUGCCUCCUGUAGCACUCGCAUGCCGAAGCUUGCACGAGGCGCGGCAAAGCCAACAACGUUCGAAAGGCGACAUCUCCGCACCACUUGCGCCAGAGCCGCCCUUUCCGACGGUGCCCCUCCACUCACCCUGCUCUGCCAAGCUGCCUCAUCAUGCCCUCAAAAAAUGUCUCGCUGCCGCCCCUGGUCCGAUUGCCAUGCUGUACGGUAUCAUACCAGUAAUUACAGACUUGCCAUUGGAUAAGGCCCUGCACGACAAAUUUGAUUGUAAAAUAUUAAGAAGAGUACAUGCCAGCACAGCCACGCUAUCUGGUGCUUCUGUGCGCUUGGUCAUGUUGCAUGGAUUGCAUGGCCAGUCUCUUGGUCGAACAGCUUGGAGCGAGUAUAGCGAAAACACACCGGAAUCCAUCCUUGCGUAUCGCAAGCAUUGGGAAGAGCGGCUUCAACCAUGGGCAAGCAGCCUUUCCACAAAGCGCGAGCUUGAAGAAGUUGGGUUUGCAAUCCUGCAGGGAGCUGUCUCCCCGCAAGACACAGACGUCCUGCUCAAGGAGCUGCCCUGGCUUUUGGAAGGAGGGGCUGUGAAGAUGGAGCAGCAGAACAAGGGCAAGGGUUAUGCCUAUUUGAAGCAGCUGCCGGUGAUUUUUGCCACUUUACGUGAAGUCGCAUAUGAAGCUUUGCUUCCCAUAGCAAGAGCAUUCCUGGACUCUCACAAGCUCGAAGUGCAGGCUUCCAGGCGGACUUUCUCGCUACGCUCUCUUCCAGGAACAUUAUCGGAGUUCGAAGAUCUAUGUAUCAAGGAAGGUCAGACUAGGCCGAGCAACUUGUUCCUGUGGUAUGAGGAAGGCGGAGAAAACCGACCCCAUCGAGAUGUCUAUGGUGAGGUGUCUUUUCCAUUGCAGAUGGUACUCAUGCUGCACCAACAAGGCGAAGACUUUUCCGGCGGAAAUUUUUUUACCAUAGUCAAUGACCGUAAAUGUGAGGCAGCCAUGAAUCGUGGUGACCUUCUCAUUUUCCGUACUGCCUGUUUGCAUGGCUGCACUCCUGUCCUUUGCGGCAAGCGAGCCACAGCACAGCGAUCCGUCCUCGGACUCCAGUUCGCGUUGCGCCAGUUGCUGAGAGACCGCCGCGCCAAAGGCUACAGGUAA